AUGAAAAAAGAAGAUUCUCGUAGUCUUGGAAGAGACCACGGACCGAGGCCGUCGCGCCUACUCAUGGAUAGCAUAUCGUCUGACGAAGGCCCGGAGACGGAACGGCUGCUAAGCUCGCAGCUUCCACCUUCUGUGGUUGCGAUGUCGAGUGGACGCAGGGAGUCUUUGACUGCGCCUCCUUCGCCUACAGAUUCGCGAAAAAAACGAGUCCAUCAUAACUACAGAAACCAUUUACAUCACCUCAUACACUGGAGAGAUAUUUGGGGAGGAGAUCCCCAUAAAGUUCAUGAGAGCCUCCAUCGAAGCGAGUCGAUGGUGUCGCUGGCGUGCUUCAAGACUCUCUCACAGCUGGUGAACAGCGACACCGCAACAGAACUACAGCAAUAUCUCGCCAACAACAAGAAUGUCAACAUUGAUGAUAGAGAUGAGAAUGGAACAACUGCUCUCAUGGUUGCGUGUGAGAACGGGCGCAUCGCUACAUUGCGCGCUCUCCUUGCAGCGGGCGCGGAUCCGUGCGCGUGCGACGCCGACGGGUGGACGCCGCUAGCGUUUGCGGCGCGCGGUGGACACCUGGCCGUGGUCAGAGAACUGCUGGACGCUGGAGCAAAGGUCGAUUCAAGGGACUGUGGUGCUUGGACUCCUCUUCUGUGGGCUUCUUAUAAAGGUCACGAGGAUGUGGUGGCUCUUUUGUUAGAAAAGGGCGCUGAUGUACAUGCUCAUGGCAACUACAACAUCAACUCACUAGUAUGGGCGGCGGGGAGACGUCACAGCGGAGUGGUCCAACGUUUGCUAGCAGCGGGCGCUCGUGCGAACUCGUGCGACAAGUACGGUACGUCAGCGCUGACGUGGGCCGCGCGCGCUGGCGACGUUGCCUCGUGCGCCGCGUUACUGCGCGCCGGCGCGGAUCCCAACACAGCGGGCAUGUACUGUUGGACACCGCUCUUGCAGGCUGCGCAAGGGAACCACUUCGAAAUAGUCCAAAUGUUACUAGAGCAUAAGCCUAACGUGAACGCUUUAGACAAGGACGGCUAUACUGUCCUCGCUAUCGCAUGUAAGGAAGGAUAUUACGAUAUCGCACUUGCACUCAUCAAUUCUGGCGCCUACAUCAAUGUUCAGGAUCACUCAAAAGAUACUCCACUAAUUCAUGCCGUGAAGGGUGGACACAAAAAUAUUGUGGAAGCUCUUCUGAAGAAGCACGUCGAUGUAGAUUUGCCGGGCAAAGAGAGAAAAACUCCAGUGUAUACCGCCGUUGAGAAGGGCCAUGUGGCCAUAUUGAAAUUGCUGCUCGCUUCUAACCCAGACUUAGAGCAUACCACUAUUAGUGGUGAUACGCCGUUGAUGCGUGCUGUUCGUUCUCGCAACGCGGAGAUGGUGCAAUUGUUAUUGGAACGGAAGGCGCGCGUCAAUGUUGCCGAUAAUCGAGGCGAUACCGCGCUACAUAUAGCUAUGAGGGCGCGGUCUAAGCAAAUAGUAGAAAUUCUUCUUAGGAAUCCUAAAAAUAGUCAAUUAUUAUAUAAGCCUAAUAAGCAAAACGAAACUCCAUAUAACAUAGACAUGAGUUACAACAAGACUAUACUGGGUCAAAUAUUCGGUGCUCGCAAGUUGAAUACUAACGAGGACAACGAGAACAUGUUGGGUUACGAAUUGUACAGCGCGGCGUUAGCGGACAUGUUGUCCGAACCGAGUCUGUCCGUGCCUAUAACGGUCGGAUUGUAUGCACGCUGGGGUUCUGGAAAAUCUUUUUUGCUCAACAAGCUCAAAGAGGAGAUGAAGAAUUUCGCUCGCCAAUGGAGCGAGACCGGUUGGGCUUGGUCUUGGGCGGUGUCAUGGGGCGCGUGGCACGCGGCGUUAGGUGUGGCCGCCUGUACCGCGACCGCCGGUGCGCCCGCGUACGUGGCGGUGGCAGUAUGUUUCGCUCUCUUCGCCGUCAUAUAUAUGGCGCUAUACGUGCUGUGGUACACGGGCAACAGGUAUGAAUGGUGGUGGGCCAGUGGUGUUACAACAACACUCGGUCAGAAGUUUGCUUCUUUACUGCUUGUGUUACAAGUUGUGUUCUGUCAUCCGCCCGGACCAAACGAUCCUCGAGCACUACCCGCCACACCUAUAAGAUUUCAUUUCACCGAGGGCAUGAAAGGUAGUGUUGGCCAAGAGGGGGAGGCGAUGGUUGUGCAGAUGAUAGCCAGCUUGGCAGAAGCGCUGGAAUGUCAAUAUGGACGUGUGUGCACUAGGCUCGCGAGGGCAUUCCGUCCUAAACCUGUCUCCUCUACUUCUGGAUGGAAAUGGCGGCGAGUUUGUUGUAUCCCACACAUCGUGACUUUCGAGGUGUGCUUCACAUGCAUACUGAUCGGACUCUGCGUACUCAUCAUGUAUUACACGGACAAUGCGGCCGAUAAUCCACGGCGUGAAAUCCAACAGGGCGUGAUGAUCGGCGCGUGCGCACUCGCCGGUCUGGUGUUAGUAGCGAAUCUGUAUACGUGGGGCCGUGUUUUGGCCGCUCUAGUGCUGCCACCUAGGACGAGACUAGCGCGGGCGUUGAAGAGGGACGCGCCCACGAUCGCGUUACGUCCGGAACUACAGGCGCUCACGCAUAUGGUUUCCUGUCUAGACGCUUUCACCGGUCAGCAGACCCGCUUGGUUGUCGUCGUGGAUGCUCUUGACAGUUGCGAGCAAGAGAAAGUGUUGGCUCUGCUCAACGCCGUACACGCUCUCUGCUCAGAUCCGAAGAGUCCUUUCAUACUUCUGUUGGCAAUCGACCCGCAUAUCAUUAGUAAAGCAGUGGAAGUAAACAGUCGACGUGCGUUUUCUGAGAGUAACAUCGGCGGUUGGGAUUAUCUCCGCAAUAUGGUGCAGCUGCCGUUCUACCUGCAGAAUUCUGCUUUGCGACGCGUGAAGUCUGCACAACAAACCGCCGCUAAGCGAAUACAAGCAAUCGCCGCUGACGACUUCUCCACCUCACUGCAAAGAUCUGUAUCAGCCCGCCGCCUAUCCUCCACUUCCGAGCUGAUGUCGAGUCAGGAGCGUAUAAAGAACCAAUCUGUGAAGGAAGUACCGAGUAGUAGCGUACAAGCGGCAAGAGCCCGUCGGUUACGCCCCUCGGAAUCCGUCGCGUCUUCGGUAGCGUCGGGAUUGCAUAGAGCGGCCGCGCCGACAGCCGGUGCCGCCGAUUUGAGUAGAGUACUACUGACCGAUGAUUAUUUUAGUGACGUCAAUCCGCGCAGUAUGCGACGGCUGAUGAACGUGCUAUAUGUCACUGGUCGUCUGCUGAAAGCAUUCCAAAUAGAGUUCAAUUGGUACCAGCUGGCGUCUUGGGUUAAUCUAACGGAGCAGUGGCCAUUCCGCACCUCCUGGAUAAUCUACCACCACGAGACCUAUGAGGAACAUAUUGAUGACUCCACUUCGCUCAAACAUAUCUACGAAAAAGUGAAACCAAUUAUGAGCAAUCUCCGAGAAGCCAGCACACUGAUGGAAUUAGAUAGAGAUGAACGUAAACUGGAGGUGUUUUUGAGCUUCCACCGUUCGACACUCACCGCAGCAGACCUCAAGAUUUUCCUACCUUUUACCAUCAAUUUGGAUCCGUACAUUAAGAAAGUUAUCAAAGAGGAGCAACUGCAAUCUGGUGCGGAUGAGGACGUGGGCCCUGGCGGGGCAGCGCCCUGGGGAACACCGCACCAUAUUAGACACCCCCACUUCAAACUCUUCCAUAAGAAACACCGUUUAUCUCCGCCCAGUCAAUCUGCAGCUCCGGUAGCGGUGAGUCCGCAACAGAUGUGGGUGGGAUGGGCGAACACGCCGUACAUGCCGCAAACUAUGCAGCAGCCGUUGCCGCAGUUCGCUCCUCAACAGUACGCGCCGCAACCACUCAUGCAUAAUCCGCUCAAUUUGCUCAGGACGGCGUUUCCUGCUUUGGGUGACAUAUCCGGUAUUCGUCUAUCGACGCUGAGUGUGGAACGUGUAUGUAGCUUGGUGAAAACAGCGCUAGGUGCCGGCGGUGAUACAGCGGCUGCAGCGCUGCAGCGGCACCGCGUCUGCGGACUGGCUCUAGCCGCAUGUCGACUCGAAGAACUAGAGCCGAUUCUCGAAUUGCCUUUCGGUGACUGGGAGCUAUUCAAAUUGCUCGUUAUAAAUUUACGUGAGCUCGAAGCCAAUUUACCGACGACAGCGCCUACCGUUAACGUGAUAACAGAGAAAAAUGUGGAAACCGAACCGGAUUCAGUGAAAACCAGACCAGUGAUUGAACACCAACGCAGCCGUCCAUCUAAUGUAGAAAAGCAGGUGACCCUUGAGGAGCAAAUGAUAUGCGGCGCACUACAAACUCUCAACGAAGAGGCUAUGGAGGAUGUUCUGCAGACUGACACAGUGCCAGACGAGGAGAGCGAGCUGCCGCCCGCGCGCGAACCGCCCAUCCUCAAGAGCGCCGGCAGCUUCCGUUCGCGACGGGCGCUCGCGGAACCGCCCGCCGUCACCUUCAACGUGGAGAACGAACAGGAGUCCGAUGACGACGGACAGAUCACGUUUAGCGCGCGGCCGCGCCCCGCCGUACACUACCGCGCCCCGCCCGCCCCCGCCCUAUCCAUGACAGUGGACGAACCGCGCCGCCCCCGCUCGCGCCCCUCUUCAUUACUGAUGACGGAAGAGGAGGAACCCGCGCGUCUGGCCGCCCGCUCGCGCUCCGUCGAAGACUCCACUCGCACCGGAUCGCCGGUCGUCGAUCUAAAACUGCGCAAUCUCCGUCGCACCGCGGACAUCCUCCGCAAGGUCAGCUCCGCCGAACGGCUUUCGCGGCUGAAAGACAAGAUCAUGUCGCGGGGAAGUGGGUCCCGGGAGCGCAGCCCGGAAGCUGUGGCGAGCGACGACGAAUCGGCGCCACUCGUGUCGCCACCGCUCGGCGUCGAUUGCCGUGAUGGUGCCGCGAGUGCGGACCCGUCGCCGCGGUCCGAUCUCACCGAGCUCGAUUCCCCGCGGCCGGCGGCGGGCGUGACAGAUUUCGAUAUGCUACCGGCGGGCAAGGGGAGCGGGCGCGAAUCACCGCGGCGGACGCCUCGUCUCGACAGUACCACGUCGCUGUCCAACAUGGUGGAGCCGUAUAACAUGCGGUUGCUCGCCCACGGAACUUCAGAGAGCUGCCGCGCGCUGUGGCGACAGGACGCGUUGGACUCGGGCCCGCCCUGGCCAUGGGACGACCCCGAUUCAGCGGUGUGAACGAAUCCCCCGAGGACUCGAUUAGAGCCGCCGCCGGUUUGACGCGACACGUCGACUCACUUCGACGUUAGCCGCGUUCAGCCGAAAAUGUUUAUCGAUGUUCACUAGCGUACGUUUGUAUGCAUUUAUUUUGUUCACGCAGAGCACAAAUUCGUGAUUUCUUAAUAUAGCCUCACGUACUUAAUACAGAAAUGAAGACAAAAGUAUUAUUAUAUAAGUAUUGCAUUUAAAUGUAAUACAGUACUCAGAAUUGUGAUAUUGUAUCCUUAAGUGUAAGGAAAUAUAAUUAUUUUUUGUCG